CCAUCUAUCCCUUCCUGUCUAUAAAGUCCACUUAAAACAGAAGCGAGUCUUUGAAAUCUCAACUUUGACUAGAACCGCGAGAUUUCUAGAUUUAUCGAUCGAUUUAUGUGGAAUCACAGAUUGUAUCGACGCGCACUAAUCGAUCGAGACACGUGUCGGUUCGAACGAAAUAAAACUGAACGUUAAUCGUUCAAACGCAAAGAAUGACUGCAGAUAAAUUUUUGAUUUAACGCAUUCAGUUGCACGAUACGAUAUCUCGGCGUGGGAUUAUAUUUGAACAAGUCAUUAUCAGAAAAAGAAACAAAGAAAAAGGACACUACGCCGUUGACUACCUGUAAAGAAUCGAAUUAAAGGAUUAAGCGUCGUUGAAUCGAGAUAAAAUAAUAAGUUAUCGCGAUAAGAGGCGAUCUAACGCGUCUAGCGAUACGAAAUUUUUGGAAUAUUUUACGUCUCGACGCAGCGUUCGUGAAAAGUCCACCCGAGGAUUAGAGCGAGUCUCGCCAAUGGGAUGAAUAACUCGAACGGGAACGUGGACAAGCAAUCAACAGCUAAGAUGGAACCCGACGUGGACGAGGCGAAGAGGCGGGAGAAGAAAGGUGUUACUUAUCAGAUAAUCAUGGCAUUGUGUGCGAAUUCCUCUGUUCUGGGGCCUGCCAUGGCCUUCGGCUAUAGUGCUGUGGCACUGGAUCCAUUAAUGGCACCCACGAGCGACAUCAAAAUUGACAAGGUUCAAGCAAAUUGGAUAGCCACGGUGACAGCGUUGGGGAUUCCGUUUGGCUGCAUUCUCUCCAGCUACACCAUGAGACGCGGAAGAAAACUGAGCUUGCUGAUAACGUCCAUCGUUUCCGUGGCGGGCUGGAUCGUCAUAUACACGUCUGGGUCGUACCAACAGAUCCUCGUGGGUAGAAUUAUAUCCGGAAUUGCGACCGGUUCGGCCUCGGUCCCAGCGACUGUCUACAGCGCGGAAGUUGCCUCUCCUAAAUGGCGCGCCACGAUGGUUACAUGGACCAGCGUGGCCAUUGCCAUCGGAGUCCUCAUUGUUUACAUUUUCGGCUACCUGUUUAAGGACAACUGGCGAUUGGUGGCUCUGAUGUGCGCCUUGUUUCCGUUGGUCUCGGGCGCGCUAACCUUGGCCGUCGUCCCAGAAACCCCGAUCUGGUUGCGGGACCGAGGUCGUCUAGACCAGGCACUGGAGUCCCUGAAGAGAUUCCGAGGCAUUCCAAAAAAUACAUCCCCCACGUCGGAGCUGCUGCAAGAACUGCGACAACGGCCGCAGAAGAAGAAGCAGAACCUGCUGAAGCAUCUGCUGAAGAGGAACGCCUUGAUGCCGUUCGGCAUCAUGCUCGCUUACUUCUUCUUCCAGCAGUUUUCUGGAAUAUUCGUGGUGGUCUAUUACGCGGUGGACAUUAUUCGUAGCGCCGGUAUCACGAUAGACCCUUACCUAGGGGCGGUCCUGAUAGGGUUCACCAGGUUGGUGGGCAGCGUGCUGGUGGCCUGCCUGUCAGGAAAGUUCGGUCGACGAAUACCCUCGAUAGUUUCUGGAUCUGGGAUGACGAUCUUCAUGGGGAUACUGUCUGUCUACCUGGUGAUGGAGGACAGAGGCUAUGUCAUCAAGGACGGCGGCGUGAUACCCGUGGUCUGUGUAUUAGUAUACAUUUUCUCGAGUACCUUGGGCUUCCUGGUGGUUCCUUUCGCCAUGGUGGGCGAAGUGUACCCUGCCAAAGUCAAGGAAGUGCUGACAGGACUGACCACCUGCGUGGGAUACAUCUUCAGCUCGGUCACCGUCAAGACGUACCCCGACAUGGAGGCCGCGAUGGGCAGGCACGGUGUGUUUAUCUUCUUCACGGUGUUGUCGUUGGCGGGCACGUUGUUCGUGGUGUUCUUCUUGCCUGAAACCAAAGGCAAGACGCUGACGGAGAUCGAGGAAAUGUUCUCGCGGAAGAAAUGUCUGGUCGAUCUACAAGAGAAGGAGAGAAUGAUGGACCUCAAAGACGUUACCUCGGAACCGUAGACUUCCUUGAGGAUUAACUCCAGUUGGGGGAACGUGAAAAAUUGUUUGUUGAUAUCAGUGUGUGCGAGAGGUCGAGGCUGUUGCUUCAGAAUGACGUCGCUUUUCUCAGAUUCGAUGGCGUGUCGUACUUGUACUUUUAAUCGCAAAUCAGCGUUCCAUGUGGAUCUCGUUUGGUACUCUUUAUUUAAUGUUCCGGCUUUUUUGUUUUAAACUGAUGCCUAGUUUUAAAUAAAAAAUUGGAAACAUUAAAAAAGAAUUCCUGUCGGGGAUACAUAGAACUAUUGUAUCUCGUUCUAAAAUCUUGCCAGCUAACUGAAGUAAGAUUUGAACCUGAAAAACGAAAGGAAACUGUAAAUACUGUUCAAGAACGUUUAAAAUUGAUGUACUAAGGAAAUUUUUAAAUGUAGUUUAAUAUAUACGGUUGUAGAUACUGUCUAAAAAUGCUUGAGGUUUAUAAACUAACGAACGAUGUAGUUAAGCAUUUUUCGAAUCUGUUUUUUAAGAAUAGCGAAGAAAUGAAUUUGCAUUUCAACUAGUCUAGUAUUCUAUUGGAUGAUAAAUAAUCAUGUUAGCUACUUUUCGAUUAAGAAACGUGUUCCCUUAUGUAUAUGCAGCUUUUUUAUUUAACAAGUUACUAACAAUAAGUGAGAUUACCAAGCUAAGCAACGAUUAUCUGCCGUCUGUGUUCACGUACUUUUAAUAUAAACUUCGACUAGGUUACAACAAGUCGGACGAAACAUUUUUAUACAAUCGAAAAGGUAUUCAAUAUUCCGAAAAGAAAUAAUCGUUUAUCAUGUCACUCUUCAAAUGUUUUGUGAGAUCGAUAAUUUUCAAAUAAAUUAUUAUAAACGACUGA